AUGAGCACCGACCUCUCAUUUGUGCUUAACACCGAUAGUAAGACCACAUACUCGAAUAAAUCCUUUGAAACGCCUCCAUGCGAGUUAUUCUUGAGUGUCGAGCAAUUAAUUUCUCCCGUCAUGCCUAAUAAAGGGACUUCAAAAAGGAUACCUCGUCCUCUUAAUUCCUUCAUGAUCUUCAGAAGGAAUUUCAAUGCGGGCAUCGUCGCUGUCGGUGACAGCAAGCGAGAUCGAAACUUUGUUGCAAAAGUUUCAAGUCAAGCAUCUAAAGCUUGGGGCAAAGCUUCUCCACGGGUAAAGAAAUUCUUCAGUGUAUUGGCAGAAGAAGCAAAAUUGGGACAUCAGCGUCUUUUUCCAGAAUAUCAAUACAGCCCGAAAAAGAAAAAACCUCCAUCUUCCCUCUUCAAUAAAACGAAUAAGGCAUAG